AUGCCAUCUCUCCUCUACACAGCGGGAGCCAUCCUGGGCACCGUCAUCGUCGGAUGGGGAUCCUUAUGGCUUUACAACAUCGUAUAUAUCUGGUGGCGCCCUCUACUCUCGGUUCUGAGAUGGAAAUUCGCGCCAAUCGCCAAACCGCCAAUAACAACCACGCCCAAACCGCUCUCUCGCAACAAGAUGAACCCCUCCGACAUCCCAACCGAAAUCUGGGAACAGAUCCUCUUCCAUCUCCGUCAACCCACACCACUCCCAGUGUCUCGUCCACCCCGCUCCGCACUACGCCAGCCGCACUUGGCCGCGUGCGCCCAAACCUGCUCGAUGUUCCGGGCGAUCUGCGAACCCCUCCUCUACACUCACAUCGUCUGUGACAAUCUCGUAGACCUCCUGGCGGACGCCUUCAAGCCCGCCCGCAGACGCCUGCUGCUACACACCAAAACACUCCAUGUCGAGCUGUCCCCCAAGGGCGAGGAGCCCACCUAUGCGCAGCUGUGGCGGGAGGGAGGUAUCCUGUGGAAAAGGUGCGGCGUAAAUGCGAAGGACAGGGAAGCGCAGAAGUUUGUGGAAUGCGCCGACGAGCUCGCGCUCCUGAUCGAGCUCCUCGAACCGCUGUCCAAUAUGGGGAUGUCCACGAUCCUCCCGGCGCUCCGGACCAUCGCCUCCUGCGGCAUCUACGGAUCCGAUGGGCUCCUCUGGAUCGAUUUCCACGGGAAAUGGGGAGAGGGCUUCUACCCUGCUCACAUCCCCAUGCCCAGACACUGCAGCCGGACGACGCCCCCCACAUCGGUCGCUGAAGGCCACUGGAACACGUUCGUCGAGUCUGGUAACCUCACACAUUUCUGCAGCAGGGAGACUUCCGGUCCAUACUGUAUCGCCAAGCUAUCCAAACCCAAUUCCACUACCAUCUGCGCGCGGACCACCCAUUUCACACCUCUCGUCACCGACUUGCCGGUCACGAUGGGCGUACCGGUACGUUGGGUGUUGGAUCCGGAGGAGUCCCAUGACGACGACGACUGGAACCGUAUCACCGACUGCAUGGCCGCCUGUUUCGAUGACGCGGUCUCUAUGCGGAAUCACUUUCCAGAGAUGGGAAAGGCGGGACCGACCUCUAUCGAUGUCUAUUGCUCGACUGCAAGGAGCAGGCCAGUCAUGCUGUGCAGACCGGAUCGGCCGGCGGGUAAUAGAAUCCUGAGAAAGGCGGAACAGGAGGAGAUCGUGCAACAGUUGCAGCAGUCGGGGCAGAAUCUGUUGAGGAAGAACUCGGGGUGUAAGGAUGUCGUGCGGUGGCAUAGGAGCGGGAAGGAGCCGAUGUGUGUGGCGUGUGGAGCAGGGCCGAAACGGGUGUAG